AUGUCUUCCCCCAGACUCAUUCCCAUCUGGAAGGAUUAUAAGUAUCAAAUAAAUGACAUCUUAAAUAAAAAGAAGGAAGAAUCUGAGAAGCCAAAGAGUGACAUAGUUGUGCUGAGUGACCGGUCCCAGAUACUGUACAGAGAAACUCACUUCCCUCAAAGUAUGCCACUUAUAUGCCAGUAUUUCAAUGAUGCCUUCUUCUUCGCUUCCCUCUCAUGGGUGAACUCCUACACGAAAGAAGUACAGGCUGUAGUCUGGACAAAAAGCAAAAGCGAGGACAUGGUUGAGAAGAAAAUGUUUCCCAUGAGUGAACGGUUGCCACCCAUCCAGUUGAUGGUCCACGCUGGUUCCUUUCAUAUCCUCGUGGUCUACUGUGGUGACCUCUUCCUGCGGCUUUUUGGGGAUCACUUUCGGUCCUUCAAGUCUAUGGGCACAGUAUCCUGCCGCUUCAACAUCAGCUGCCUCUGCUAUGACCCAGAAACAAAGAUGCUUCUGUCUGGUAAUCUGGGGGGAAUAGUCACCUGGACUAUUGAGCGGGGUGGUACAGGCCUCCAGAUAGCUCGCAUGUUUCCCAUACCAGGUGAAGAGCUUGUGCAGGACAUCUUGCUGAGUGGUCCUGAUGACUGCCUUCUUGCCCUGUGUGAGACUGUGGUGAGGGUCCUAGAACGCCAGGGCCAUGGCAAUCUACAAGAGGUAAAGAAGUUUACCACCCCUACCAGUGGCUCCUCUAUCACCUGCUGCUUUACCUGCUUUGAACUGGGCUUUCUCUAUGCCGGAAACAAGGCUGGGGAAAUCCAUGUCUGGAACCUCAAACAAAGCCAGCCUCUCCACAAUUUCAUGGCCCAUUCUUCAACAGUGAUAUGUAUUCGUAGCCGGCCGGAGGCUCACAUUCUGCUAUCAGCUGGCCGAGAAGGCAUAAUCAAGGAAUGGAAUCUCACUUCUGGGAAUUUACUUCGGCGACUAGAACUUGAAGAGCAGUUAUUCCGCCUCCAAUUUAUUGAUGACACCACUUUUUAUUGCCAAACUUCCCAUACUUUUUCCUUACAUCGUCUGCCCUGCUUCUAUAGCCUCUUUAGCGUCUGUGGCUGCACCACCCAGCAGGUGCGUCGAAUCCGCUGUGGAGAGAACUGGUACCGAAUCCUGUGUACUACAGAGGAUGGCCUCAUGCGCUUUCUGUCUCCAAUCACGGGGGAACUUCUGGUUGUCACCUGGCCCUUUGUCAUCCUGGACAAGGCUGUGGAUUGGGCCUAUGAUCCAAUGAGGGAGGAACUCUUUGUAGCCACAGGCACCUCAGAGGUGCUGGUGUUUGACACAACCCGCUCCCCUUGCCCAACUAAGUAUUUCUUAUGCACCUCAGUAGAUUCUCGAGACAUGGUACAGUGCCUGGCUUAUGGGCAUUUCCAACUGGGGUGGGGAACAGAAGGACUGAUAUUCUCUGGACACCAAAGUGGAAUGGUAAGAGUGCUUUCCCGGCACAUGUGUGCCCGAGUUGAGAAACUUACCCACUACGGGGCUGUAUUGGCGCUCUCUACAAUGACUGCAGGGAUCUUUGCUAACCGAGAAAGUUCUUUGAUCUGUUCCUAUGGAAUGGAUGAUUAUAUACACCUAUCAGAAGUCAUGUUUGAAGGAGCCAAAGUACAACUGCGGCCUCUAGCCAGCGUUCUCAGUAGCUGUCAUCUGAAACACAUGAUCCUCUUGCCCCAUUCUGUGUUUGCCAUCACAGAUAGUAACUGCCUACGUUUCUGGGAGUUCCGUGAAUUUCUGUGCACUGGGUCAGACAAAGGCUCAGAUUUCACUGAAACAUUACCUCUACACCAAUGUACCAUCAUAUCUUUCGAUGUCUGCUUGUCCUUGAGUCUUUUUGUCACAGCUGGUGCUGAUGGCUCUGUCCGGCUCUGGAAUUUCCGUGGUAGACUCAUAUCCAUGUUGGAUUCAUCACUUCACUUUGGUGCACUGUGUUUUGCAAAUAACCGGGGUGACCUCCUUGUGAGUUUCAACCAGAGUCUUUAUCUGAUAUCAUCUUUAAAACUGCUUCCUCAGUCCCUGCUGUCUCACUUAUACUUUUUGACUGUACCCGAUGAAUUACUUGAAGCUCCUAAGCCUUUCAUACCAAGUUUCUUUCUCUCUUUUGAGACCCUGUUUGUGCCCAAGUAUAUCAACCGGGUUCAAGGGAAACAGGAAUUAGUGGGUCUAGAGCCCCUUAUCAAUAAGCGGGCCAUUGCCUUCGACCAUUCUGUGCCACAUGUUAUAGAAGAGGAUGAGGAUGGGACCAUUGUGUUAUUGAGUGCUCCCCAAUAUGAUUCUUUCGAGGCAACAACAACUGUCCAGAAAAAGAAGUCAAAACGGGCCCAAUUCAAUUAUGUGUUUCCUCCCCAAUUAGUGAUGACCAGUUGGGAUGGGCUCAACCCCUAUCAGAUACUGAGAUGCUACUUUGGUCAGGGGCAAAAAUGGCUUCUUGCCCCUGAUUGCUACAUUCCCAACUCUGUGAUCCGUGCCCGUCUUUGGCCAGAGGGCAGCCCAAUAUUUCUACAGUGCAUUGUGCACUCCCCUCAGCGGGAACUGGAAUGGGACAAGCCUCAACCUCUCUCCUUCUGGCACAAAAGAAAAAGAGUUAAAAGUGAUACGAGAACUCUUCCAGAGGAGAAAGAGGAUGAAUCCUUUCUGGAAGACAGACUAACCAAGGAUGCAACCUACAGUGUCCUCACAGAUGCAAGCCGCAGCUGGCUGGGAAAAAGGAUGAGUGAAGCAACUCUGAAUAAUCUGAUUGAAGCUGUCCUUAAUAUCAUGGUCCAUGCUAAUUCAGUAAAGUAUCAGUGCUGUAUUAGUGUACUAGGGCAAAUCUUUGCCUCUUAUCAAGUUUCUCCAACUCUGCGCUCUGAGACAGCUCAUCGUUUGCUAGAUGAUACAGUAAAUCCCAACUCAAUGAUCCGAGAACUAGCCUGGGAAGGGUUAAAACGUCUAGGAAUAAUUACUCAUCUUUUUGCCUUGCCUCUGGCCCAAGGACUAUUGGAUAAGGAUCCAAGAGUAAGGAAUAAAGCCCUGGCACUCAUGGCUGAUACUGGAAUCCACACAAAAACUUCACUCUUAAGCUUGAUACAGAGACGAGAUCUUUUCCGGGAGUUACAGCAAGAGAUGAUUGGGGAGGAAUCCCUGGACCAUUUGCUGGGGAUUCGGCCAACAGAUAUACAAAUCCUUGUCUCUCAACUGGAACAGAGACUAAAUGAAGACUUAACCCCAUCAGAAGAUAAAAAGGCUGAGGUUUUUUCAGAUGUCUCAAAAGAAUCUCUGCAUAAACUAUCUUCCUUGCAACUCAUAGAGUCUGAAGAAUCAGAAGUCAAGCCACCCAAACAAAUAAAACAAGCCCGAACAGCCGGGAAAAAGCACUUGCGAAAACUGAUUCGAGCUCUCAAGAUAUUGAAAAUGGGAGAAGCUAAACAAGUAAGCGUAGAGACACCUGUGGAGGCUGAAGUUGAGGCUGAAGCCACCACAGCUGAGAUGGAGGACAUAUCAAGAAUAUCUUCAGUAAGCAGUGUAAUGAAGUUGCCUAAAGAUGUCUCAAGGGAUGAUGUCUCAAGGGAUGUCUCAAAGGAGCACAUGGCUGCAACGGUUAAAUUGCUGAGGAAGCAGCACAAAAAAGGCAAACCACAGAAACUCAGAAAAGAGCACAAGAAGCAAAAAAAAAAGGUAGUUGAGAAACCUUUGCCUCCAGUAAAACCAAAACCAGUUAGGAGAAAGAUUCCUUCUAGGCGGGGUGCUGCUGGAGAACCUGGUACUAAAGGAGAUACUUCAUGGCGGAAUGAUCUAUGUCGUCUUAUGGCUCUAAGGAUAUCUACCUCCCAUGCAGAAAUGGAAAAAGAUCUAGACAAUGAGCUGGUGGCUAUAGCUCAGGAGAUGUUAGCAGAUCGCCGCCCCAGUUGGGAACUCUUUCAGCAGAUCUGCCCCAAGAAAGACAGUGAGGAUAUGUUUGCAGAAUUUGACCAGGAAGUAGACUCGCAAGAGAAGAAAACUUUUAUCCAUGAAAAAGCAAUUAAGGAGGACCUGGUGAUCACAGAUGAGGAAGAGAAGCCAGAGAGUACUGAAGUACAAGAGGAAGAGGAAGAACAAGAGGAAAAGGAAGAGUUGGAGGAACUGGUUCUAAAAGACAAGAAAAGGAAAGAAGAGGCUGAGCCAGAAAAACCAGUUCGUUUUGAGAGGGAGAUGUCUUUUAAAGAAUGGAAGUUAUCUUGGGAUGAUUGGAACGAAGCCCAGAGGAAAAAAAAGGUAACAUGGGAAGAAUGGAAAAAAGACUGGGACAGGCGGGAGCUAUUCCCAGAUAUGGAGGUGCAGAAAGAGAAAAAGAUGAUGACAUGGGAUGAAUGGAAAAAGAUCUGGGAAAAGAUGGAACCCAAGAUUCAGGAAGAGGAAGAACAGAUGCUGGAGAAGAGAGUGUCUGAGGAGAAGAAAGAAGAAGCAAAAGUAGAAGAAGCUGCAGCCACAGAGGAGGAGAAAGAGAAGAAGGAGGAGGUGGAAGAAGAGGAGGAAGAGGAGGGGAUACUCACAGAAGAACAGAAACAGAUCCAAGAAGAAUACAAACAGGCCUGGAGAGAGGGGAAACGAGCCCAAGCUGAAAGACAACUAGCCAAAGCAGAGAAAUUACUAGCACAAGAAGAGGAGAAACUUGCACGAGAAGAGAAAACUCUAGCCAAGGAAGAGAGAAAAUUGGCCCUAACAUAUAUGAAAAUGGCCCCCAAAGUUGGGGAACUGGCCAUUAGUGAGAGGAAAAUUGGCAAGAAAGAGGAAAAACUGGCUUCAAGAGAGGAAAGCCUAAGCAAGGAAGCAGAACAAUUGGCCCAGAAAAAAAAGGAUCUGGCCACAAAACUGGAGAAAAUAGCUGGAGAAGAAGAGAAAGUCGCAAAGAAAGGACAAAAAGUCACUGAGGUAAAACAAAUGUUGUCCGAGAAAAUGAAAGUAAUGGCCCAGAAGGAGAAAGAUCUGGAGUUGCAAGAAGAUGAGCUGGCUAAACAAAUAGAAGAGCUGGAAUGGAACAUGCAGGAGUUGGCUUCUAAAGAAGAUGAACUGAAUCUGAAAGAAGAAAGACUAUUUGAAGAAAAAGAGGAACUAUCUGAAAAAGAGAAGGCACUCAACUUGCAGGAGGAGCAUCUGAAUAAGAGAGAGAGAGAAAUGUCUUGGGAAGAAGAGCUGCUGACCCAGGAAGAAGAGAAACUUAGCAAGAACACAGCCAUAAUAGAUCCUGAAAUGUUAGAUCUGGAAUGGAAAAGACUAGCUCAGAAAAAGGAGGCAAUAAAAAUAAACAAAGAUAAACUGAUCCAUGAAAAGGACAGCCUGAUCCUUAAUAAGAGAGAAGUCAGAAAGAACAAGAAAAGAGUGGCCGAGGAAGAAAAAGCUAUAACUCAGGAAAGGAACUAUCUGGCUCAGGAAAGGGAAAAAUUUCCUCCAAGGAAAAAGGUUCUCCAGCAAGACAAAGAAAGACUCCUCCAAGGGAAAGAAGAGUUAAUUCAAAUAAAGAAAAGACUGGAGCUAUUCAAGGACAAAGUGACUCAAUUAGAGGAGGAGAUGAAACAGGAAAAGUUAGCACUAAACCAGAAGAAGGUGAAUAUUAUUGUUUCGGAGAAGAAGCUGGCUCAAGCUAGUAAAAGUUUAGCUGAAAAACAGGAGAAAAUAGCCAAGGAAAAGAUAGAAUUAAUUACAGAGAAGAAGGCAUUGUUCCAGGAAAAGAAACUGCUCAGAGAAGAGCAGGAUAUUCUUAGAGAAGAAAGGGCACUCAAGAUGGAAAUGAAAAAAUUGUCCCAAGAGAAAAAGAGGCUGUCUGAGGAGAUUAAAAUUCUCUCCAAGGGAGACAUUCAGAAAAUGUCAAGAGACGGAACAGCACUUGAUCGUGAAAUAGGCACAAUAAGGAAGAAACUGUUACUAGAGGAGAAAAUACUUACGUAUGAAGAUAGGCUGCUGGCCACAGAGGAGAGGGACAUUGCCAAAGGAAACUUGGAAUUAACUAGAGGACAUAGGGCAUAUGCCCAAGAAGAAAGGAAGUUAGCCAAGAUACUAAGGAAAAUGGUUCUAGAAAAGCAGGAUAUUGCCAACGAGCCAAUAAAAACAAAGCAUUUCUUAAAGGCACUUCAAAAUCUAGUCAGUAAUGAAAGGAAAAUAACUCAGGAAGAAAUAAAGAUGGCAAAGAAAAAGGGAGCACUCUUUGCUAAGGAGCACAAAUUAAGUAAGGAAGAGGACAGACUUGAUAUCAAAGACUGGGAUUUUUCUGAGGAACAAGUAGAAAUGACUGAAGAUGAGAAGAAACUGGCCAAAAAGCAGAGAAAACUGGCCAAGGAAAUGAGAGAAAUGAUAGGCUUAGAGGAAAAGGUGGCGGAACAAGAAACUAUAUUGGCCAGAGAACAGGAAGAAUUCAUACAGGCUACAGAAGAGGAAGCAGUAGUAGAGGAAGAAGAGGAAAUCCCAUUCUUUAAAGAAAUGUGGAAAAAAAGAAAACAGUUGAGGAGAAUUUCUGCCAAAAAAGGAAAGCUUUUCAGUGAAGAGGAGCUGGAAAGUGAAGAGAAAUUUUGUAAAGAAAUGGAAACCCUAUUAGACAAUGUGGGGCUAGUGAGUUUGUCUGAGGACGAAGAUGAGGAGGAGGAGGAAAAGGAGGAAAAGGAGGAGGAGGAAGAGGAAGAAGAGGAAGAGGAGGAAGAGGAAAAGGAGGAGGAAGAGGAAAAGGAGGAGGAAGAGGAAAAGGAGGAGGAAGAGGAAAAGGAGGAGGAAGAGGAAAAGGAGAUUGGUAAUGAUGUGGUUGUCUUGAGUGACUGGCCGGAGACUCUAUACCAAGAGUCUCACAAUCCCAAGAACAAGCCUUUUAUCUGUUUCUACUCUACUGACAGCAACUACUUUGUCUCCUUAAACUGGAUGGAACAGUUUGGAAAAGUACAGCAGGCAGUGCUCUGGAUGCAGGAUACAGAUCCGAAGACAAAAGGAAUGAUUAAGAGGAUGAAGUUUCACUUGGUGGAUCCAGUGCCAGCCAUUGAAGCCAUGGUCCACACGGGUUCCUACCACAUGUUAGUUGCUUACUGUGGUGACCCAUACCUGCGGUUCUUUGGAGAUCACCAUCGAGCAUUCACAUCUCUGGGUAUACAGUCCUGUCGUUUCAUCAUCAACUGUCUCUGCUAUGAUGCAGAAUCAGAGAUAUUGUUGUCGGGCACUGUGGGGGCUGUGGUUACCUGGUUUAUCUUGCCAAAUGGCACGGGCCUCCAGAUGGCUCAAACAAUGCCCAUUCCCAAACAAGAGCUUGUACAGGACCUUUCUUCAAAUGGCCCCGAGGGAUCCGUGCUGGCUCUGUGUGAAAAUGUGACUACAUCGACCUUCUUGGUGAACCACCUGCCCUACUUUUACAGCCUCUUCAAUGUCUGUGGUUCUACUACUCAGUGGAUAAAGCGGGUCUACUGUGGGCCUAACUGGACUCGGAUCCUGUGUGUCACUGAAGAUGGGUUAAUGCGCUUCUUGUCUCCAGUAACUGGGGAGCUCCUGAUUGUCACCUGGCCUCUGCUUGUCACAGAUAAGGCUGUGGCUUGGGCCUAUGACUCAGACAGAGAGGAGCUCUUUGUAGCACUAGGAGGUCCAGAUGUGAUAGUGUUUGAUACAACACAUUCUCCCUGUGCACCCAAGUAUUUCAUGAGUCCUUCAGAAAACAACAGGGAUAAAAUAAACUGCCUGGCCUAUGGGAGGUACUAUUUGAGUAAGGUUCUAAAAGGAGUGAUGUUCUCUGCCCAUGAGAGUGGCAUCGUGAGAGUCCUCUCCAACUGUACUUAUGCCCGAAUAGAAAAGACUCUUCACUCUGGGGCAGUGUUGGCAUUGUCUACCCUAGAUGGUGAAGCUGAAGAUCCCUUACUCUGUUCCUAUGGCAGAGACAACAUUGUACACCUGACAGAAGUUGUGCUUCAAGAGAUGAAGUUGAUCUUACAGCCCAUCAGCAAAAUUCUCUGUGUUUACCCCCUGAAGUACUUGAUACUCAUGCCAGGUUCUACAUACAAGAAAUAUUUUGAUAUCAUGGCACAAAUUUUUGCCACUUACCAAAUAUUGCCAAGGUGGCGCACGGAGGUAGCAUAUCGUCUGCUGAAAGAUACAACCCAUGACAAUCCAAAAAUCUGUGAACUGGCCUGGGAGAUGCUAGAGAAACUAGGCUUCAUGAGCCAUCUUUUUGCUGUCCCAUUGGCUAUGGGACUAAUGGACAGUGAUAAGAAUGUACGGACUAAGGUUUUGUACCUUAUGACAAGAUGUACAGGCAUUCAAACCAAAACCAUGCUGAUACGCCUGCUGAAGAACAAAGACAUUCUCCAGAACCUACAGUUGGUGAAGAAGAAACAGCCCAUCUCAAGAACAAAAGAAGAGGUACCUCUGUGGGAGACAUUCAUGGCACUGUACUAUGUUUUGCGGAUGCUGCAGCAGCGUUAUGGCAAAGACACAGCUGUGUGGAUGGAACAGUUCUACCAUGUCAUGGACAUGUAUCAGCUUAAGUCUCCAGGAAUCCAGAGGCUGCUACAGGAGUUGCUUCUGAGAGAGAAAACUCAAUCCCAAGAAGUCAUCAGCGAAGAGACCCUGAAGGCUGUGGAGGGAGUACCUGGGGAGCGGUUGUUCUACUGCCUGAUUUGUGGUGGUUCUCAUUCCCCCUCAGGUUCCCUGAGGUUCCACCAUGUGAUACCACUCUCUGGGAAAAACAUGGUGGAAACUUUUGAACCCAUGGGUAUUGCCCAGUAUGGAUUCCUAGAACUUGCCUGGAAACGCCUACCACAAGUCAGUCCUGACUGCAGCACCAUCAUGCCUCCAAUUCUCUGA